AUGCCUCAUGGACUUAUACAUUCAUUUUUUAUAGCUGGUUCAAAAGAAGUUGUUAUACGAGAUAUCGUAAAACGCCAUACUGAUUUAUCACCAAUAACUAUCUGGAAUGGAAAACCACGCCUAUUUUUUGUUCAAGCAUGUCGAUCAGAAUGGCCAAAAUAUUUGCGAUGUAACAAAUGUGAAGGUGUCAUAAAGAAUGAUUUAUCACUGAAAAUGCUUGUUGCUUAUUCUUGUAGCGCAAGCGAAGCAUCAAAAUGA